UCCCAUCCCCAAGUACACAGGAAAAAAAUCGGCCUUGAAAUUGAAUUAUUAUUUUUGUCCUGCAAAUUAUGUUUCCUUUACAUCAAAGCAGUGAGCUGUGCUUCAAGAGUUCACCUAAUCCCCACAAAAAGCAGACGAUCUCAGAAGAUCUGAUUCUUGGCCAGGCUUCACUGGAAGAUAAGAAUAUUGCUUUCGACACUACUACUCAUGAUUAUGAUGAUAUUAAGGAGAUCAUCUUCAAACUUCCCACUGAUCUGAACAAUAAUAAUAAUUGUCAGAUUCGGAGCUCGAAUAUCGAGACCAAGAACAAGAAGAAGAUGAAGCAUAGAGACAUUGAAAGGCUAAGAAGGCAAGAAAUGGCUACUCUUCACGCCUCCCUUAGAUCCUUACUCCCACUCCAGUUAAUCAAGGGAAAACGUUCUAUAUCCGACCACAUCAACGAGGCUGUGAGGUACAUAAAACACCUCCAAGUGAAGAUCAAAGAUCUCGGCGCCAAGAGAGAUGGGCUAAAGAAAUCGUCCGAUUUGAGUACUAGGCCUACCGACCGCGACGGAAGUGUUAGCUCAAGCAGCUGUUCUCCGGUGCCAGGACGCUUCUUAACAGUUCAAAGUUGUCGCGGUGGAGUUGAAAUCAUCAUCGGUGUUGGCGAUUUCGGAGAAGGUAAAUGUUUUCCCCUCUCAAGGAUUUUGGAAGUGCUACUUGAAGAAGGGCUUAGCUUAGUGAGCUGUGUUUCCACCAAAGUAAACGACAGAUUUCUUCACACUAUUCAGUCCGAGGUACUACGUACUAUAUAUAUCAUUUCAGCUUUAGGGUUCUAUUCUUGUAUAUAUAUUUCUAUUAGACCUGUAAUUUCACGCACAUGUUCAAUUUUUCCUUCACAGGCCAGUAAUAUAGAAAGCAUCAAUCUGUCAGCGCUUGAACAGAAAGUAAACGAAGUGAUUGAUCCAUAUUCAUCAUGAUCUGUAUAAGAGUAUAUCCUGAUUAUCCAAUUAACGUUAGUUUUUUUGUUCAUGUACGGUUGACUUGCUGCAUGUAGUUAUCCAUGACUCAUAAUCUGACAUUUUUGGUCUUUGCACUGAUCCUAGGUAGGGAAUGACUUAUCAAAAGUCAUUUUUGACAUUUUUCUGCCAAUUGAUGACAUUUUUUUGCUGGCUUUUCUGUGGAAACACUGUGAGAAAAGAUGGCCGCAUACUAUCUCGUUCUCAUGCAUCAUGAGUCAGACAGCCAAACUUGAAUGUCGGUGGCCGUAUUAUAUAUAGUUGAGAUCUUGUUG